GCGCCGUCCACUCCCACCUCAAAACCUUCCAUCCUGAGCGCUGGCUCCCCCCCAUCCGCCAUCGCGAGUUCCUCGCAGCCCUCCUGCGGGCGUGAUAUGUCCAAGAAAUGGUCGCUCCAGCAAGUCGCACAGCACAACACCGCAAGCUCGUGCUGGAUCAUCAUCGAGAACAAGGUCUACGAUGUGACCGAGUUCCUCCCGAUACACCCGGGCGGUGUCAGGCUGCUCCUCAACUUUGCGGGUAGAGACGCCACCGCUGCCUUCAAACCCUUCCACUCGUCGCGCGCGCUCACCGACAGCCUCCCACCCGAGAAAUGCCUCGGCGAGGUCGACUAUGUCAGUGCGAAAGCACUCAAGAAGAGCCGCAAGAGUCCGCGUCUACGCAAACUCAAGGACGUGCCCGUCACGAACGUUACGCCGCCUAGCGACGACGUCUGAUAGACUGCGCCCUUUACUCAUACUCAUAUACACAUUGGGUUUCGAUUUCGUACAUCGGUCAUCUUUCGGGGUUUUGGGCUGUAAUUCAUAAAGGUCGCUUGUGGCAUUUGGGUUCCGUGGGCGAUGGAGGAAUUAGCAUCGGGCAAUGGUCAUUCAUUCAAUGUACAACUUCCAUAAGUUAUCGAGUCUAUAUACGCUGUCUCACUAGUAUACUUCCGCUACUGGUAAGUACAAUGGG